AGUAAGAUGCAAGGAAAUUGAUCUUUUAUUUCAACUAACUGUUUACUGAUUCAAAGUUUGAUAUACCAUUUGGUAAACAAUUAUUAAUGUCGUUUUUUGAGUGGCUUGUUAGGUAUGCUGAGACUGCUAUAAAAACCGGUCUAAUUGCGGCUACUUCCUCAUUAUCGAAUUAUCAGCCCCUUGAAAGGUUAAUGUACGGUACGUACCGUUUGGAAACAUGAAGCAAAAGAUAGUUAUUAAGAUACAAACGAGGGGAGGACCCAAAGCGUGUCUUUUGGGGUGCAUUUGGAGGAAGCUUGGUGAUGAGGGAGAGGGGUUUCAGACCAAAGUAAUGAAGAAAGUAGCUGAAACACAUGGUGUGAUAUCAGUGGGUAUAGAAGGAGAUGACAAAGAUAAAUUAGUGGUGACUGGAGAUGGAAUUGAUUCAGCUAAGCUGAUCCAGUGUUUGAGAAAGAUUGGUGAGGCCAAUAUACAGAGUUUGGAGGCAAUAAAAGAAAAAGACAACAAAGAUACACCAAUUGAAUGUACUUCAGCCUACUGCUACCCACCUGGGUAUCCAUAUCCAUUGUAUAUAUGUUACUAACUCACCAUGUUUGAUUAUAGUUUAUCAUCUUCCCAAGCACUAUC